AUGAGGAUAAGAUCCGUUCUCAACGCCGUCUCGGCGAUACUGUCAUGCACAGUCGUCACCUCCGCACAGUCUCCCGACCCAAUUGGCACCAUCUACAGCGGCCAUGUACCAGCCAAUCUACACGGAUCCGACUACCACUACCCCUGGCCCGUGAAGCUUUUCAACUUCUACAACCAGCGCCAGAAGCUCUCAAUGGCCUUCAUGGACGUCCCCGCAAGCAGAAAGUCCAACAAAGAAAAGACCGCCGUCCUCCUUCACGGCGGAAACUUUUGCGGAGUCACUUGGUCUGAUACAGCGCGCCAAUUAUCAGCUGCCGGAUACCGGGUCAUCCUGCCUGAUGAUAUUGGCUUCUGCAAAUCGAGCAAACCCCAGGGCUACUCUUACAACGUGCAUCAGCAGGCGCUGAAUAUAAACAGUCUUCUCACCGUGCUGGGUAUAGACCAAGCCACUAUCAUCGGCCAUUCAAUGGGCGGCAUGAUCGCCGCCCGGUACGGUCUUAUGUACCCCGACUCUGUGGACCAACUCUUUCUCGUCGACCCGCUCGGCCUAGAAGACUGGGUUGCGAAGGGCGUUCCCUUCCUAUCAAUCGACGCAACCUACGAGUCUCAAGUUGUGCAGAACUUCAGCAGCCUAAAGGCGUACGAGGCGGCCAGCUACUUUCACAACGCGACCUGGAAACCCGAGUACGAUACCUGGGUCCAAAUGCUAGCCGAUAUUUACGCCGGCGAUCAGGGCUCGGAAUAUGCGUACGUGAUGGCUCUUGUCACGGAUGCGCUGCUUAGCCAGCCUGUUAUCUACCAGCUGCCGAAUCUGCAGAUGCGGACCUAUCUGAUGGUAGGCGAGAACGAUGUCACGGCGCUUGGUAAGGCUUGGUCGCCUAUGAGUGUUGCUGCGACAUUGGGUCACUAUUCUACGCUUGGUCCGGCUGCGGCUGCUUUGAUCCCUAAUUGUUCCUUCCAUAUGUUUCCUGGGCUUGGGCAUGCGCCUUUUCUCCAGGAUCCGAAGGCUUUUUAUAAAGUGUUGUUCUCUUGGCUAGACUAA